AUAAUUUAAGAGUGAGUCAAUUCAAAUCAAGCAUCGUGUCUUACAAGCACAUGACGUCUCUGCGCACGUAUAUAGCAUGACACGUCAAAGCAGACCACACAACCUAUGGAAGCAUCAAAUUGAGGCAUCAAAGGUAAUAUAAGGCCACCUUUCCAAACAAAAGAACGAAACGCACAGAAUGGUGAGCAUUCAAUCUCGAUACACUGUCUUUCCCUCAGAAACCACCCCCAACGAAACCCUCUUCUCCCUGUGCGAGCAAAUCAAGCUUCGCACUCAUGCGCCACUCCUUUACGUGUUCAAGCCACACCCUCGUCACGAUGCAUCAACUUUUGUCAACGCUCUUAGGCACUCUCUAAGCCAGGCCUUGACAAUCUAUUACCCAGUUGCGGGUAGGUUGCGUUGGAUCCAUGGGGGGCGAUGGGAGCUUCACUGCAAUGCCAAGGGUGCCCAACUCCUGGAAGCCAUUUGCAAAGAUGUGACUUUGGAUGAUUUGGAUGAUUUUGUGCCUACCCAUUUGGUGUCACAGCUCAUACCAAACAUUGAUUAUGACGUUCCCAUUGAGGACACGCCGUUGUUGGUUGCGCAGCUUACGAGGUUCCCCUGUGGUGGCGUUACCAUUGGGGUGGCCUUGUGUAGAGGGGCCAUCGACGGAAUCGCAACCAUGCGGUUCAUGAACACGUGGGCCAAGUUGGCUCGGGGAGAGAACAUGGAAACGGCACCGUGCCAUGAUCGAAAUGUUUUGAAUUCGUACAAGGCUCAUUCGGGGUUGCACGAUCAUUCGGAGUUUCACCCUCCUCCUCCUUGGUUAGGUCCAUUGGGGAAAGACAGCAAGGUGGCGGUUGCAAUAGUGAAGCUGACGGGUGAACAAGUGAAGAAGCUGAAGCACAAGGGGAAUUCUGGAUCUAGUUCACAACGUUAUUCAACGUUUGAGGUUAUUUCAGGGCACUUGUGGAGGUGUGUGAGUAAAGCACGUUAUGCAGGGAAAAGGGAGCAACCUACGAGGUUGAGCACUUUGGUUAAUUGUAGGCACCGAAUGAAGCCACCUCUUCCAGAAGAUUACGCAGGGAACACAGCAUUUCCUACAGUGACAACAAGCUCUUUUGGUGAAAUGAUGCAGAGGCCAUUGAGUUAUGCGGUCGGGAACGUGAGGGCGGCGCUUGAAAGAGUGACGGGGGAGUUUGUGGAGUCUGCACUUGAUCACAUAGAUAGGGAAAAAGACAUGAAUUUGAUUAGGUAUAACUUUCACUACCCUGCCCCAAGUGUUCAUAAGGGAGCAUACAAGGGGAACCCGAAUCUUUUUGUUGUGAGUUGGAUGAAUUUCUCUUUCAAGGAUGCAGAUUUUGGAUGGGGACAACCCGUGUAUUUUGGCCCUGGGUACAUGGAUUCUGAAGGAAAAGCAUUUCUUUUGAAUGACGCUAAUGGGGAUGGAAUCAUUGUGGCCAUUUCCCUCGAAGCAUCUCACAUGGAUGCUUUCAAGAGGAUUUUUUAUCGUGAUAUCGAGCAGGAAUCUCUCAUUUCCAAACUUUGACGUGUUUCAAGGGCCUCCUUGGACUUUGUUGAUUUUUCAAACAUGGUAGUAAUGCCAUUUUCUAUAAAAAUAUAUCUUUAAUGAUA